GAGUGAAUGAUGGAAACGGAGCUGUCAGUGUCUCUGUGACUCCUCCUGAAAGUCUCUGUGAUGGAAAGUUCCACAUGGUCACAGUGUCCAAACAGCGGGAAGUUGUCAAACUAGUGGUGGACUCCAUGUCUGAGGAGAAAGCCGUCGCCGUCACAUCCACCUCGUACUCAACAACACUGGAUUCACUUUCCAUUGGGGGGACGACAAGGUACAGCAGAGUCCCCGUGUCCUCACCAUUUGUGGGCUGCUUACGAAAUGUGAAGAUCAAUGGAAAGCCUGUUGUGUAUGAAGAAGAAUCCAGGGUGUAUGAUCCUGUGAGCAUCAAUCGAUGCCCUAAAGACUAAUGACAUGAUCAAAGUAAUUAUGGAGCUGACCUCUUGUCAUUAAAGUCAUACAACAAGCUUUGCCCGAAAACCAUUAAAGGGAAAAAAUCGGACAUUUCGAGAAUAAAGUCGUACUCUUACGAGAAAGAAAGCUCUAAUAUUAUGAGAAAAAAGUCGUAAUAUUAGGCUACGUGUAAUUUUAAAGGGGGAAUAUCAGAAGAUACAUCUGUCACCUGCGUCACAAUGAAGAAUAUGGAGUAUCUUGUCAGGUUGUACUUCAGUAUAGGUUUCACAAAUAACAAAAUAGUUUAAAUGUUUUGUCUCAU